AAUCUUUCCCAUCCAAAUUCAUCAACCCAAAAGCUUCAUCCUCAGAAAAGAUAGAGAGACAAAAGACACAGAGAAAUGGAAGGCUCAUCAACUUGCCAUUUUCUCACAACCCUUCUCUUCUUAUCCAUUUUCACUUCCUACAUUACCUCAACCUCAGCUGCCGGACAAACCAACACUGAGUUCAUCAGAACAUCUUGCAGCACAACUUCUUACCCUAGACUUUGUGUCACUUCCCUCUCAAGCCAUGCCAGUGCCAUCCAAACAAGCCCUAAGCUUCUAGCGCACACAGCCCUCUCCGUGACCCUAGACAACACCCGGUCGACUUCCGCCAUGAUGUUAAAGCUAGCACAAACCCACGGCUUGAAGCCCAGAGAGGUUGGCGCAAUGCGCGACUGCAUUGAGGAGAUGGGUGACUCGGUGGACCUACUAAGAAAAUCAUUUGGGGAGAUGAGUCAAAUCAAAGGCUCGAAUUUCGAGCUCAUGAUGAGUGACAUACAAACUUGGGUCAGUGCUGCCUUGACAGAUGAUGAUACGUGCUCUGAUGGGUUUGCCGGUAAUGGCAUGAAUGGCAACAUGAAGAACAUAGUGAGGGGACGGAUUGUGAAUAUUGCACAUUUGACUAGUAACGCGUUGGCCCUGAUAAACAACUAUGCUACUUCUGUCCAUGGCUAGCUAAAGUGACAAUAUUGGUGUUAAACCUCAUUGAGGGGUCAUAUCAAGGCCUGCGAUGAGUCAUGAGAGUGAUAAGCAUGCAUAGCAUUAGAGAUGGUAAUACAGUGUGUAUUGACUAUUGAGCAUAAGCAAAGAUCUUAGAGUAAGCGGACGGUGACGCAGAGUAUAAGUGAGAUUGGCGUCUAUUAAAGCAUUUAGGUGUUUCUAUGUGGAUUAAGUACGUUUGAUUUCGUAUGAGGAUUCCCUGCAUUAUGUGUAUAUGGAAUGAUGCGGCUUGAUUGAGA